AUGUUCUCAACCACAAUGGGAUUUCCGUCGACACCACUUGAAGCCAAACAAGCUUUGGGAAUCUCAUCGGCUAUAAGUGCAGCUUCAUCAGGCCUUCGAGCGGGCAGUCCUAUGCUCUCGGUCAGCUAUGAACCUCAAUUCUCGUUCGCCAGGUGUAUCGAACAGUGGAGAGGAAAAGAAAUUGCAAGAUGGAUCGAAGGUCUCGGAGAUCAAAUGAAUCCCUAUCUAGGCUUGAUUCGAGAUGAACUAAAAUGCGGAAAACAGCUAGAAGCACUGGAUGAUGAUUCUCUUAAAAAGAUGGGUAUUUCGGCUCUUGGUGCUCGAAAAACCAUACUUCAAUCAGUUUCUCUUCUUCUCUAUUUUUGUUAUGAGUCAGAGAAAGAAAAUUUGCAACGACUGGCACAGCAAGUCAAAACAUCGUGUUACUAUCUCGAACGUACAAUGAAAUCAGCAAUGAGAAUGCGAGAAAAAGCUAUCCGUCGUGCUGAAAUCGUCAAUAUUCUGAAUGGAGUUUCAAAUGCGGUUCUACAACUCUCCGAACGCACGAAACGUCUCGUUUUCUGGCUUGAUCGUACACCGUUCGACGAGGAAGAGGAUUUCCGAGCUAUUCGGAAUAGUAUUUCAAACUUUAUGUGGAAUCUAUUGCGGAAUGUAAAUGUUCAACCGAAAGCACUAUUUGAAACUGGAAGUCAGAUUGUUAGAAUGAGCAAAGAACUUGCAUAUGAUGCCAACAAAAUAGUCGACUGUGAGGAUCCGCUGGUUUUGUAUGCCUCUUUUGUGGAGACGGCUCAACUCCGAAGAAGAUCCGGCAACAUCAAUUGGGGUCUAAAUAUCCAAUCAUCAUUCCGUGGCGUCCAUGUUGUUAGUGAAAUCAAAGAAGGAUCCCCAGCAGAUGCUUGUACGAAAAUUGACGCUGGAGACGAGAUUCUGAUGAUUAAUGGAAGAACUGUUGUCGGAUGGGAUUUAACAAGUGUCGUCCAACGAAUAGGAGCAUCUGAUGUAACUGAAUUAUCACUUGUAAUAAAACGAAGACCUCGAGUACAACAACUACCGAAGCAAUCGAAACUUGCUGUCCGUGCUCUUGCUCCAUCCAGUCAGGCAGCAAAGACAUAUUCCACAGAUGAUUACGAUCCAUUCGGACAAUCUGAACCUUUGAAAAGGCAUCGGAGUUGUCAUGGAAUCUCGGAAAUUAUCAAGGAGAAUGAAAAGAAGAAUAGAACCAGCCGUCGCUUGAUAAGAAGAUCCUCCAUAGCGUCUGCGUGCCCACGAAAAGAACGAAAAAAUAUGGAUGAAGCUUUGAUAGACGAAGAUGUCGACGAUUGGGAUGUUCACGAAUUCGUUAGAGACAUCGACGGUGAAGAAGAGGCUCUGAUGCCACGUAUCGCUAAAAGAACUCGCACGAUGCGACACCAACCGGAUGGUUAUGUUCGAAGUUUUAUUGAUAACAAACUAGUUACUGACAUCGAAGAUGACGUUGUUAACGAUCAGCUAACAUUUAAUGUAAAAUGUCCCACUGAAUUUGCACAAAUCCAAGAAGUGAACAAGGACGAGCUAAAAGUAUUAAAUCUCCCUGAAGCGAAACUUUCUGAUGAUGACUGGAAAGCUCCGUACCAAGAAUUCGCUGCACCCAGUUUUCGUGCUCCUCGACUCGCCAAGGUUUCUACCAGUUGCAGGGUAAAAUAUAUGCUCAGAUUUCAAGUAUUCAAACAUUUUUCCAGUCGAAUGACAUCAUCUGUCGACGAAGCCACGUUUGCUAGUGUACUACCCAGCCCUUCAACAUCUUCCAUGAAUAGUGUGAACAGCCCGGCUCCAUUCGGAAAGUUCCAAAUGAGUACGAGUCAAUCUGAUUGGUCACCGAACCCUGAUGACCUUCCAAGUUCUCCCAUCACAGCUGCCUACGCGGGGAUGAAAGUUACAUUCGAAGGAUGGGUACGAAGAAGGAAAACUCCAGCGGAACUCAGUGCAAAUGAAUUUACAAACAAGUGGCCGAAAAUUUGGUUGUGUUUACGGGGUCACUACCUACUUCUCUGUUCGAAUCAAUAUGUGAAAAGACCUGAAAUGGUAAUCAAUUUAAUAAAGGCUACAAUCUCGGAUUCUACUGACUUGAAAACGUCUAAAAAGAACAUCUUCCGCGUCAUUAGCAAACCACUGGAUUAUCAUUUCUCGGUUACGUGUACACUAGACUGGAGAAACUGGAUCCAACACAUGAAAACAGCCAAAGAGAUAUAUAGCAAAAUGGCUAACCAACCGAGAACAAUUUCACAAUCGGUCUCUAGUUACAACAAUGAUCUUUCCGACCAGAAUUUCUUCCUUGGUCAGCAACAACUGAGUACAAGCCAUCAUGGAGAGCUCAUCACCAACCAGCAACGUUUUUCCAAUGGAAUGACAACGUCGAAGUCCGGAACGUCUGGAUUCAAAUUCAAAUAG